AUGUCGGCCGAGGAGUCGUCGAAUUACGCGCCACGGUCGCCGGACCUGUCGUCUUUUUACUCGGAAAGCCCCACCCAAGCCGCACCGCAACAGCUUCCAGCGCCUGCAAGCCACGGCCAGGCUGGAUAUAAAAUACAGCCUUCUGCCAGCCGUUUUGCCGCCGUGCCGGGCAACGCAGAGUCCUUCUAUACGCCCCCCAACUCAUACGGCGCAUACCACCAGGCCUUACACCAGCCGUAUAUUGUACCAAAUUCGAAUCAUUCCUACGAGCCAUUCUCCCCGCCAGCCGUCGGGCAUCCAGAGCAAAUCUCGGCUGUCUCUGGCUAUCAAAACGCCGCCCCCCUCGCGCCGCAGCACGACUUCAAACCGCCGCUGCCCGAAGUCUCUCCUUAUUCGUACGAGCCGUACCCGGGCCAAACUUCCUCUUCCUCUUCAGAUAUGCCGCCCAGAAAGGCCGCGGUGCCUCCGCCGCCUCCGCCGUUCAUCGAACCGUCUCCCGUCAAGACAAAGUUUCCUACUGCUCGGAUCAAGCGGAUCAUGCAGGCCGAUGAGGAAGUAGGCAAGGUUGCUCAGCAGACACCUAUUGCCGUGGGAAAGGCGUUGGAGCUGUUUAUGGUCCAGCUGGUAACAAAGAGCGCGGACAUUGCCAAGGACAAGGGCUCCAAAAGGGUUACCGCAUCCAUGUUGAAAAACGUGGUAGAGGCAGACGAGCAGUGGGACUUUUUGCGAGACAUUGUCAGCCGCGUAGAGAAUGAGAAGGAGGGCAGCAGGUCCAAAGGCAAAGGUGAUAGUGAAACCGAUGAAGAGAUGGAGGAGCCGAAGAAGCGAGGUAGAGGCGGUGGGCGUCGGAAGAAAGUGCAGUAG